GAACACGAAGAAUAUGCCGCAGCAAAAGUACCAGAUACCAGGAUGAUAAAUAACUCACUUGGAGCAAGGCACCUUCCAAGCACACCAAUAAACGAGCUUAUGACCCUAGCUCGGAAUAAACGCUUACAGGAUGCGAUAGCCUCAAUGGCUGGAAGGCGGGAGAUAAUGCGUGCUAUGGCUCCUUCUGAGACAGCAGCAGUAGUAACACUGGAGCUGAGGCUUAUGUGCGUUUCAGAAAAUCCAGGCAGGAUACUGACCAAGGAUAAUGAUGACACAGAGACCAACAUUGCUUUGCUCCUCAAUGACUUGACUAAAUAUUGGAGCUUCUAUUUAAGAACAAAAGUGCCUGAUUCUCGACAUAUUUCCUUUUCUCCAAUUAUCCAGCAACAUAUCAACUGUUGAAGUCAAACUCAAAAUGCCACUUGAUCAUCCAGAGAAUCCAGAACAAGGUGCAGAUGUUGCGGGUAGCAUUGAUGAGUCUAAGGGAGUUGCUGCCUUUCACCCUCGUCGUCAUGGACUAUUCCAAGGCUACCAGUCAUCAGGUGGCGAAAAUAUCUCACCAAAUACAGCUAGCGAAGGGUCUGACCCUCCUGCAUUCGAUGCCGCGGAGCACAAAUGGUUGGGAGACAACAUAUUGUUAGCAACCGGAAUCAAUGGCAGGAAUUGCUACCGUGCAGGAACCAAAGCUUUCACAUUGCCGAACACAGUCAAGUUGACAUACGGCGAGAUUUGCCUGCUGGCCGGCGAUUUCUUCGGGACCAGUAGCCCAAUUAGCGAUGGGAAAGAUGAUGCUGACCGCACAAAGCGUUUCGAAGAUGCUUGGGAGACUCUGGCCGAAUACAAGCGCAGCGACGCGAAAGAUAUUCUCAAAAUCUUACAGCCAGAGCUUGAUGCCGUUAAUCGGGCCUUCAAAGAGCAUCGGGACCCAUCUGAUGAGUACUCGAAGUUGAAAAAUGUUGACUGGGAUCUGGAACGUGCGACUGCUCGUAUGUGGAAGUUUGGCUUCCCCACUUAUUUCCAAUUGGCAAGUUAUAAUUGGGAUCAUUUCGGGGAUGAUGCAUAUACCUGCUAUAAAGUUGGUCAUGCGGCUGCAAUCAAAUACGCUCGUACCCAUCAUGGAGAUGUUAAUGGACUAAACCAGGCGUAUGCCAUGAACGCCUUUGCGGACCACUUCUUGCAAGACAUCUUUUCGGCCGGUCAUGUUCGCACUCCACGACGCCAGCUUCAUAGACCGUUGUUUCCAUAUUACCCUGAUAUGUGCGCCAAAAUGAUGCACGACGAGGACUGUGCCAUUGGUUUAUCUGUCAAAGAUUCUAGUGGCAAAGCCUGGACAAUGUAUGGCGACAAGCGCUUGCUUGAUGAUGCCAACUCAGAUAAUUUUGGUCGUUGCCAGGAGGCAGUACAAACAUCGGCUGACGAGAUAUAUGAUGCGUGGAUAGGUACUAAAAAAACUUCAGACUUCAAAGCUUUGGAUCUUGCACCAACCUUAGAAUCAGCAUUGGGGACUGAUCAAAAACUUGCUCCGUUGUUCAAGGUUCAAGGCAAUGAAGUAUUGAGAAGAGAGAACAUCAAAGACAGGCGAAACCACACUUCAACUACUCCUUCGUGGAGUUACAGGGGCACUUACGAUGAAUGUGGGAAAAGCGGAUGGUGGAAACAUCCUAUAACACUUGAUGGUCCAUCAGCAUAAAGAAUGAAGUGAAAUCUUUUUGGUGAUAGAAGCGAAGAAGGUUAGGGGUGAAGUUUUGAUUUAUUGCGUCGAGUUCAUGCUGGCUGUCUGUUCAACACAGACGUCUGGCUAGAGCCUACUUGAAGUACCUAGGAAUGAACAAAAUGUAGUUUUGAAUGAUAAUCUUAUAUUCA